AUGGAGCGAGGCGACUGCGAACCCCAUCGGGUUGAUGACGAAUACCUGAUCAAGUUCCUGCGAGCACGCUUCUGGAAGGUGGAGAACGCCUACAAACUGAUGUGCCGCUACUACACGUUCCGCGAGCAAAACCCCGAACUUCACGAAAAUGUCAACCCGAUGACGCUGCGUUACCUCGGGGAGGACAACAUCAUCACCAUUUCGCCUUACCGGGAUCAGGAGGGUCGUCGAGUGCUGUACUUCAAAUUUGGCAACUGGCGUCCGUCCAAAAUUCCGGUGAACGACCUUUUUAAGGCGACCCUCCUGAUUCUGGAAGUGGGAUCUCUGGAACCAGCCUCGCAAGUGACUGGCGGAAUUGGUAUCAUGGAUUUGGAGGGUCUGUCGCUGAAUCACGCCUGGUACAUGAGUCCAUCGGUUGCCCAGAAAGUGAUCUCGCUGCUUGUGACCUCCAUGCCUCUCCGGACGACCGCGAUUCACAUCGUCAACCAGGGCUGGGUGUUCGAUACGGUGUUCCAGAUGUUCAAACCGCUGCUCAACGAUCGGAUGAGGGAGAAGCUGUUUUUCCACGGUUCGGACUUUGCCUCGCUUCAUAAGCACAUCGAUCCGGAAUAUCUGCCGGAAAGGUACGGCGGAACCAAGCCGGAAUAUUCGUACACCUACUGGUUGGACCAUCUGUGCCGGAACGAGCACGUGGUCCGGGAGCUGGAACAGCUGGGCUACGUGGCUGAUCCGGCAACCGAAGAGUGAUCCCGGGAUUUUCGGAUCUUUCCAAAGUGUCUGUGAUUGUGCCUUGAAUAUCGUCAUCAUCAUACCAAUGGACUGCGCUGCUCAUACUUACUGAGUAGAUUUUUCAUGAGGGUUAACUUUUUUAGUAGUCUUUAGACAGGGGUUUUUCCUAGAGUAGCCUUUUAUAUGUAAACUUUUCAUAUGCUCUUUAUGAUUCCGAUCUAGGGAAAUGCCUAACGAUGAAUAUUUUUGUACAAAUAUAUUUAAUAUUAAUAUAAGUGAAUGAUAAAAAUUGUAUCGUUUGUUUUGAUGAGAAAAACGAGAAAGGUAAUGAGAAUGCAAUUCCGAUGAUUGUUUUUAUAAAGUCGAAUUUAUUGUAGGAAUUUAUUGUAAGAAUUAAAAUCAUUGAAUAGGUGGUAAAAUAGAACGGUACUUUUUACGUAACACAUAAAAAUACAUUUUUGACUUGACUUUGAA